AUGAGUAUAUUCCAAAUCCAUCCCUGGAAAACCACCCAUACCAUAGCCAUGGCAAGGUCACAGACACGAGGCCAGAUGGCGGAUCAAGAAGCUCCUGGUUGGCGGGAAAAGGCAGGCGCUUUCAUCUCCACUUCCUCUUUCAAGCUGAAAGCAGCGGGAUCAGCCGUCGCAGGCGCUGCCGGCGAAGCAGGAGCCAAGGUAAAAACCUCAUGGCAGCAGAACGUGCAGCCGAAAGUCGCAGAGGCUGCGACUCGCGCGGCCGUCGCAGCGGAAGGAGCGAAAACUCGAAUGCACACCACGUGGGAGUCGACCAAGGAGAGCUGGAACACCAAGGUGCUUCCGAGAAUGGAGGCCGGACUGGAAACCACGGCUCGCGUGGCGGCUGACACGGGAUCGAUGCUCAAGCAGGGGCUGAUGGAGACUACGGAGAAAGUCAAGGCCAGUCGCGUUGGUCAACAGCUCACCGAGCUGUCGGCAAAUGGCAUGGAGAGAAGCAAGGGGCUUCUCCAGAAGGUGGACUGGCGGAGGGUAAGCACUCACUCUGUCUCCAUCCCUUCCCCUUCCCCUCACACGCCCUCCCACUCCCCCCCAUCCACCCAGCCUCGAAUCCCCUCUCCCUCGCUCCCCGCUCGUCUUCCUCUGUCGCGAACGCUAACAGCGCACACGCACAUGAAUGCGCAUUCCAUUCCGUUCUGCUCACGUCCCUACUGUUGUCUACCUCGGGAACUCUUUCUUGAUUCCCUGAUCGCGCCCUCUCCCAAUCACCUCUUUCCUUCGCCACUGGCUGGCCGGCCCGGAGCUCCAGGUGACGCCACACUAGUGUUUGGUACGCCCUUGGAUGCAUUCGCAAGCAGGCAGAGGGGCACAGCCGUGCCCUUCGUGGUCAUCCAGUGCUGCAACUUCAUCCUGCAAAACGGCUUGGUUACGGAGUACUUGUUCGAGUCGGAGAACGAUUCGCAUGUGGUCAAAAGACUCAUGCACAUGUUCGAUACUGACCCCAACGCAGACAUCCCCCCGGAAACUAGUCCACUAGACGUGGGGCAGCUGCUGCUGGUGUAUCUCAAGUGCCUCCCCGAGCCCCUCAUGACCUUCGCCCUCUUCCCCGGGGUCGCCACUGUCGGCAGCAGCGACGUCACACAGCUCAGGCGCCUGCUGCACACGCUGCCCCCUGUGAACCUGGAAACGCUGCAUGCUGUGCUGUGCCUGCUGUACCGAGUCAGCUUGCAUGCCGAUGUGAACAAGAUGGACGCUCAAAGCCUAGCAGCCGAAUUCGCCCCUGUCCUGCUCUGGCCGCGACCAGAGGUCCCCCCGUCCCCCUCCCCCUCCCCCUCGCCCUCCCCCCACGCCUCCUCCACCUCUGGCCCCUUCGAUUCCUCCCCUUCUUCCAAGCCCCCUUCCUCAACCGCCCGCUCCCCUUCCCUAUCCUCCUUAAGUCUAGACGAAACCAGGGAUGGCGCAGGAGCAGGUGCAGCAGCAGCAGGGGAUGGAGGGGACGGUAGCAAGGGGAUGGAUGGUAGCAGUGCCAGCAAAAGCGCGGGGGGAGGCGCUGGUGGUGGUAGUGGGAGAGUGAGUGAGGAUGUGCCUAGUCUGAUGGCCCCCUCUUCCCCUCCUGCUUUGACGCCCAAGGGCAGUGCUGCUUCUGCUGCUGCUGCUGCUGCUGGUGGUGGUGGUGGUGGUGGGGAUGCUAUGGCGAGUCCUGCGAUGAGGAGGGCACAGAGUGAGAAGGGAAUGCGAGUGGGGGGUGGAGGGAAUGCUGCUGCUGCUGCUGCUGCUGAUGGACCAGCAGUUGUCAAGGCAAAUGGAGAAUCCUCUGCUCCUGAGAUCCCUUUGGAAGAGGAGCCAACACAAGCACAAACAGCAAUACCCAUUGCAAAUCAGAAGAUACAGUGGCGCUCAGUGGAUGGGGUCCCUAACAGAGGAGCCGUGCGGUUCUUCCCCAAAGGGACCAAUGGAUGCAAGGUGGAGGUGAGAAGGGAAUAUGAGGGUUAA